ACAAUUCAGUGUCGCCAUGUGUCGACUGAUAUUUGCGUCGGUUCUGGUCCUCUGUUGCGCUUCGGCUGCAUCCGCUGUCAACUUCCAGCGUACUAUUGUCGCAAUCUCCAAGACAACGGACUGGGGUCAGAACAUCUUUCUUCGGGGAGGGGCUGGUGCUGACGACAUCCGUAUCAGACAUGAGGUGAAGACUCGGUACCCUGAGGGUUUCUUCGCCCAGACAUCCCGAGGGGACAACUAUUUGGGCUGGGGAGGCGCUGAGGAGACCCAGGGAAGAUACAAUCACUAUAUAGAUGCUGAGGGUACUCCCAUGAUGCACUCCACCAAUGACCACUCCUUCGACCACUUUAACUCCUCCCUCCUCGGUCUCGUUGGGGAGAGUCUCUGGCUGGCUGAUCUCUACAUGGACUGCGACCAAACCAACAACGGCUGGUUCGAUUUCAAGGGUUACAUGGUGGAUCUUCGACCAGGCGUCUACGGCGAGGGAUGGGAACACUACAUCUACGCGACCACCUGCAACGUCGACGGGGAAGUCGUGGACGUUCCCGACAGAGGCAACCAUCACGCCAAAUGCGGCUACUUCAACCUUGGAAUCUGGAACAACGGUCGAUGCUGGGCCACGAAGCUAGAUUACCCGACAAUGCUGUUCCGCAGUGCGUGGACGGAAUCGGAGUUUUAGAUUCGAACUCAGAAGUGGUGGACCUAUUGAGCCACCAUGUACCUUUUGCAGAUUCGUUGAUUUUGCUGUUUAGAGUUGAUUCCACCAUAUUAUGCUUAUCAAUAAUGAUUAUGACAAGAAAACAUUUUCCGAAAUAUAUCGGCUUGGAAUGCUGUUUGAAGAUUGCUGCUGUGUAUUACUGAAUAAAGUGCUGAUGUAGAGUC